GUGUAGUCGUUGGUUUAUAGUGUUGUGUUGACAUGUUAUGAAAUGAAUCGAGGAAUAAAUUAACAAUGACAGUAUUUUCAUGGUGUGUGACGAAGGAAUGAUAAAUGGGUUGGAUUGAUUUCUUCAGUCGGCGUGGCAAUGAACUGUUGAUGAGGUUAAUUAAGAUUCGACCGUGAUUGACAUUUGUGCACGUCGGAAAUGAUUAUGGAUGAAAUGACGAAAUUCGAAUGUAUGUAUACAGUCGGUUGUCACGCUCGUUCUAAAUUGUGAAAUUGUAUCUUGGUUUAAAAUUUGUUCGUUGGAGAUGAAUUGUAUCUGUGAACAAAGUCUUUAUAACGCAUGUUCUUGCAAGAAGAAAUAUCGUUUGCCUUUAGCAUUACCACUCUACGAUGGUCAUUGCCAUGUGGACCUAUUUUUUAAAUAUGGAUUUAAUGAAACUCACUUCGGUUCACAACUUGCUCAUGGACGGAAAAUGGUGCUGAUAGACAAUCGUCAUAACUUUCAGCGUUGGUUUGUGAACAGUCUGAUCGACAAUCCAAAUGUAACAAUAUUCACUACAUAUGGAAUUCAUCCGAAAUACCUACCAUCUGAUCGAGAAAAUGUAUUAGAACAAUUUAAACAAAUUUUUGAGAAUAAAUUAACUCUGAACACAAUGAAAGUAGCUAUUGGCGAAUGCGGGAUUGAUGCGACGAGCAAAUAUUCUUUAAAUGAUCAAUUAUUUAUAUUUAAGUUUCAAUUGCAAAUGGCAGCUGAUUUCGGCAUUCCUGUCGUCUUGCACGGUCGAGGAACCAAUUCAUUUUCAAUAAUACUGGAAGAAUUAAAAACGCAUUUAAACUCAAAACAUCAUGUUCAUUGGCAUUGCAUUAAUCCAAAUAGUAAUUUGAACAUUAUCACAGAUUUCUUGAGUCAUUUUGAGAAUUAUUUUAUUGGUCUCAAUGGAUCUAUCAUCGCGCAUGAUCCAAAUGCUCAAAAGGUAUUUAAUAACUGGCUGCUUUCUCAUUCAACUAUUUUAAAUAAAAUUAUUAUCGAAACUGAGUUUCCCUUCUUACGUCCAUAUAUACUGGAAGAAAAUCAAUAUAAUCCCAUAAGUGGCAUUGCAACUACCGCACAGUAUAUAGUUAAUGUUUUGUGCAUGAAAAAUAUGAACACAACAAAAAUGAUCGACCAUUCAAACACCAAUAGUAGGCACAUGUAUUCGUUAUAUUAA